AUGGUGAGUUACCAAGAGUUGUUCCAGCUACACAAGUUGGAAAUUCUCAACUUGAGCUAUAAUGCAUUCAAUGGAGUAAUCCCAACUUGGAUUGGAAGCUUGUCUUCACUUCAACACUUGAUUCUCCACAAUAAUGCUUUUGAGGGUGUUAUUCCUCCAAGUAUAUCCAAUUUGUCAAAGUUGGAGAGCUUGGAAUGUAGAUCCAAUUUUAUAAAAGGUUCCAUUCCAUUUGAGAUUGGAAGACUUGAGAGUUUGAAGAUUUUACGCAUUUCAAGGAACAACCUUUCAGGGAAAAUACCUCCAGCCAUUUCUAAUUUAUGGUCACUUGAGAGGAUCAUUUUAUCUUACAACUCUUUAUCAGGUUCAAUACCUGUAGAAAUUGGCAAUCUUUAUAAGCUUGAGCAUCUUGUCUUGGGCCAUAACAAAUUCAGGGGAUCUAUUCCUUUGGAAAUUCUUAACAUAUCAACUUUGCAAGUGUUGGCUCUUCAAAAUAAUUCUUUAUCAGGUAGCCUUCCAUCAGAUGUUGGAUGUGGCCUUCCUAAUCUAGAAGAGCUAUAUUUAUAG